UAGAAAUUAUGGCUAAUAUAUAAUGGAAGUUUCUAUCAUCUCAUACAAUUUGGAGGGACUUGAUCUACCAUUUGAGGAAAAUAGGUUCUUUGGUCUAACUCAGUUAACCUCAGGGUUAGCCUUGUGCAUGAAGUUGAUGGAUGGAGGAAAUCGCUCAGUGGUGUCUGAAUUUUUGCUGCAGGGACUCACCAGUUCUUGGGAGAUCCAGAUUCUUCUUUUUCUCUUGUUCACAGUAUUUUAUAUAGCGAGUGUUUCCAGCAUUGCAACCCCAAAGAUGAUUUCUGACCUUUUCAGAAGACACAAAGUCAUCUCCUUGAGAGGCUGCAUCACCCAGAUGUUCUUUAUUCACACUGUUGGGGGUGCAGAGAUGGUGCUGCUCACAGUCAUGGCCUAUGACCGGUAAAAUUGAGUCAUCUCUGUUUGCAGAGGAAAUGGGUGCAGCCAACCACUCCAUGGUGUCUGAGUUUGUGUUCCUGGGGCUCUCCAGUUCCUGGGAGAUCCAGCUUCUUCUUUUCCUUUUUUUCUCUGUGUUCUACAUGGCAAGCCUGAUGGGAAACCUCCUCAUUGUGUUCUCUGUGAGUGCUGACGCUAGCUUGCACUCCCCCAUGUAUUUCCUGCUAGCCAACCUCUCCUUUCUCGAUGUGGGGGUUUGCUCUAUUGCUGCUCCUAAAAUGAUUUAUGACCUUUUCAGAAAACACAAAGCCAUCUCUUUUGGGGGUUGUCUAACUCAGAUCUUCUUUAUUCAUGCCAUUGGGGGCACAGAAAUGGUGCUGCUCAUUGCCAUGGCCUUUGACAGAUAUGUAGCCAUAUGCAAGCCUCUCCACUAUCUGACCAUCAUGAACCCACGAAUGUGCAUUUUGAUUUUGGCUGCUGCCUGGGUCCUUGGCCUCAUUCACUCAGUGGCCCAGUUGGCUUUUGUUGUAGACUUGCCCUUCUGUGGUCCUAAUGUAUUGGACAGCUUUUAUUGUGAUCUCCCCCAACUCAUUAAACUUGCUUGCACAGAGACCUAUAGACUAGAGUUCAUGGUCACUGCCAACAGUGGACUCAUCUCCGUGGGUUCCUUCUUCAUAUUGAUUAUUUCCUACAUCUUCAUUCUGGUCACUGUUUGGAAACACUCCUCAGGUAGUGUGUCCAAGGCCCUCUCCACCUUGUCAGCUCACGUCACUGUGGUGGUCUUAUUCUUUGGGCCAUUAAUCUUCUUCUACACCUGGCCCUUCCCUUCAUCACACUUGGACAAGUUCCUUGCUAUCUUUGAUGCAGUGCUCACUCCUUUUCUGAAUCCAGUCAUCUACACAUUCAGGAACAAGGAGAUGAAAGCAGCAAUGAAGAAACUCUGCCAUCAGCUUGUGAGUUACAGCAAGUCCUAAAUACUCUAAAGAUAAAAGAUAUUUAGCUCUACCCUUAAUGACAACAGAAAAAAUGUCAUGUCAGGCCUCUAUUAAUUUUAUGUACUAGGUUACAUUGAGGGAUAUUCAUGUUGCCAUACACUUAAUAAGGAUAAAGAGAGCUUACAUUGUAGUUUUCUAUGUUUCCAGCUUUUGCUGGAUGUUUUAUAUGAAUUAUUUUAUUUACUAUUCAUGAUAACUCUGGGUGGUGAGUAUUUCAUCUUGUCUUUUUAAUAAUUAAGAAAUUCUUAGCUCAUCCUUUGUAUAAUUACUAUGUUAAAUACUUCAAAUGAAAGCUGAUUAUCAUCUUAAUCCACCAUAUCCAAUUGUCUUAUCUCUCAAAAGGUGCCAAACAGAGAAGGUGUUCAAUAAUUCAGUGUUGGAAAUUAGAAUAUUAUUCCUUUUCGCUGUUAUUCUUUCCCUGUUUGGAAUUGGUUAAUGUUCAUUUCUCAAACUACCUACCAAACUGCCGUAAUAUGCGAUUGGUUUUUUUCCUAUAGAUAACUGUUUUUCCUAUAGAUAACUGUUUUUUCCAAUAGAUAACCUAGAUAACUGUUGACUUUAUAAUAGGCUUGUUGAAUAUUAUAACUGAACUUUGAAAGAUCAUGUGUUCUAACCCCUUUAUUUUAUCAAUGGUAAUACUCAGGCAGAGAUAUGUGAAGUGAGAAAUCUAGGAUAACAAUCAGAUCUCAGCUCUCCAUCCCUGCCCCAAUUUACUGGGGGAAAAUUGACAAAUAUAAUUGUAUAUGUUUAAAGUGUACAAUGUGAUGAUUUGAUAUACAUAUACAUUGUGGAGUGAUUGCCAAUAUCAAGAUAAUUAAUACAUCUAUCACCUGACACAGUUAAUUCCUUUCUUCUCACUUUAGAUUAAAAAAUUGGAAAAAAAAUCCAGGCCAACAUUUUAGUUUGUAUUCUAACUAACAGAGUAUUCACUGGCUUUCUAUCUCUGACCCCAGUGAUAGCGGAACUGACACUGUAAGCUCAUUACUCUUUUCAUUGGUAUCAAUUUCACAUGAUUAUUUGCUGUUUUGAAGUUCUUUUCCUGCAGCUCAAAAAGAAGUUUCUUCAA